AUGGGCGAGAGCGAGUCUGUGCACCAGGGCACCAGAGCUGGGCGCGUGCAGUGCCGAGGGGAGGACUUGGCGAGGGACUGCGCCCGGGGCACCGCCCGCUGCCUCGUCUUCCAGUGCCCGCUCCACAGCUUCGACCGCUCGGCCGUGCUCACUGCCUGGGGGCGCCUGUGGAACAGCACCUUCCUGGAGGAGUACCCGGCCGUGACCUCCGUGGAACUGCUCGUCCGCGCCAACAUCACCGUCAAAUCCACCAUCCAGAACCUGGUGCUGAAGGACGCUGCCACGCAGAUCCCCGUCACCAUCUACCUGGACCCGAGCGCGGCGGUGGCCCGGGGCGUCCCCUGGUGGAUCAUCCUGAUCGCGGUGCUGGCCGGGGUCCUGGUGCUGGGGUUGCUGGUCUCUGUCCUGUGGAAGGUGGGCUUCUUCAAGCGCAGCCGUCCCCAGCAGGCUACGGUGCCGCAGUACCACGCCAUCAAGAUCCCGCGGGAGGAGCGCCAGCUGUUCCGCGAGGAGAAGACGGGCACCAUCCAGAGGAAGGAGUGGGUGACGAACUGGAGCGAGGGCGGCGACAGCCACGUGCCCAUCUCUGGCUAGGCACCCCCCGUCCCGCCUGGGGCCGCGACACACGCGAGAUCCCCCUGGCCGGCGCCGGCUCAGACCUGGGGGUUUUGUGGGCGGGGUCUCUGCGGAGCACACCGAGAUGGGGGUGACUCUGCCUCGUUAGCCGGGGGCUGCUCUUCCCGUCGGCUGCCGGACUCGAGAUGCGGGACCUGUGCCCAGCCUGCCCAUUGAGCCCUGAGGACAAGGGGGUGUAGCGCUGCCUCCUGCUGGCUGGGGCCGGAGCUGCUCAAGUCUGUCAAACCCCCCUGCUCCAGGGGGAUCCCAGCCCCACGGGGCCCAGACUGGUUCAGGUGGUAAACCAAAGUACAGGGGAUGACCCUACCCCUUUCUGUAGUGAUCCCGCAGUGACCCCGCCCCUUUGUGCAGUGCCCCCGCUUUUCUCCAAGCAGACCCUGCCCCCUACCCUGGGCUCCCCUGUGUGAUUGACUCCAUGGUCUAGCUGGGGGUCUCUGCUUAUUGUUAUUAAAGGGACACUGUUGGGA